UAACUAGUAGCUGGACUACGUAACAGGAGCUUCAGAGCAUAGACGAAGCCUCCCGCUGUCAACAUGGAGUGCGUUGUUGCUACGAUGUGAGAAACGCGAUGACAGAAGCUCUAACUGAACUUACGUAGACGGGCGGAGCUUCGGCAGAGGACAUCUACGAGACGACCAGGCUUUCAAAUUAAACGAACCUUGUGCGCUUGUGUCAGUUGUGGCACGGCGUGUUGGACUCACAUAACAGUGAGUAUCUUAGCAGUAAAGCUGUGCUAAGGUCACUUAAACGUUUAUAUUCUGUUAACAAGAAGACCGUGGUGAAGGAGUGCUUUUGAAGAUGGUGUUCCUGUCUUUGUCUAGCUGGAUCCGAAGCCGUGGACCUGACAGAUAUUGGAAAGUUCAAGAAAUAAUCAAACAUGCAAAGCACUUCAGAGGCAGGAAGAACCGCUGCUACACGCUGGCAGUGAAGGCGGUCAGGAGGGCUUUCGUCUACGCCACCAAAGGUCGGAGGCUCAAGAAACGCAACAUGAGGACGCUCUGGAUCUCACGCAUUGCAGCAGCAUCACGUGAGCAUGGCAUGAAGUAUCCCGUUCUAAUGCACAACCUCACCAAGACCAGUGUUCAGCUAAACCGACGUGUGAUCAGCGACCUGGCCAUCACAGAACCUCGGUCAUUCCUCUCACUUGCAAAAGUGGCGCGUGCUCGGCAACAGGAAGGCUUCCGGGCAGCAUUGGGUGACGGCAAAGAGCCUGCUGGUAUCUUCUCCCGUGUUGUUUUGCUACAGUAAAGGACUAGCUUUAGUUACAGAUUUCUUAUUGUUAUGUGUUUUAAAGAACAGUGGUCGCGGACUAUAAAAAAUGUUCAUGAAACAAUUAGUCAGGCACCCACUCCACUAAUUUCUUUACAGUUGUUGCUUUGUCUAAGUAUGUUUCAUACAAAAAUACAAAAUUCAUUUAGUUAAAUAGUUAAUUUUUGAGUCGCAUUAUUGUUUACUUGAGUGCUGCCGAGAAGACUUGUAACUGUAUGGCAACCCAGAAGUUAGCAUCCCCUUGGUUUUCAACGAAAAACUAUUGAAUGCAGAGCGACGAAACCACAAAUGCACAUCUCAUUACCAGGGUCAGGUCAUCAUACAGUACGGGGCUGAAAAAUGCCUGAUCAGAGAGCAGACAAUGACAUGAUGCUCCUGUCUCUGCCUGCUCCGUGUAGGUGUAGGUAAAAGGGAUACAAUAUAUUGCUCAGGGACACUCUAGUGUCUACGAAUGACUGACCUUGAGGGUUUCUCUGCUAUGCUCACCUUCACCCAUUCUGCGUUUUUGUGUUGCCAUGAAAACAGGUUAAACAAAUGUAGAUGCCUUUUCCUUUUAAGUCUCUUUCUGAUAAUUCCAGCCAUGGCCAAUUCUUGAGGACUUUUCUAAAUUCUUUAAAGGUGUAGGUAGAAUAGUUGUGUGCACUCUUGUAUCAUAACAAGGAUAUUGUUAUAGUCCAAGAUGGCAGAUAAAACUGUAAUUGUUUGUCUACUUUCUGUCCGCUUUGGUUCCGCCACUGUUCUAGCUACAGUGUUACAAGAAAAUACUUCUACAGUUGCCCUAAGUACCUCCAGUAUCAUGAUGAGCAAUUUCCACAAGCCUCCUUUGCAUAAUGCAAACUUUUGGUUAAGUUAUGAUUUGAGGUUGAUUGUGAGUUUUGGGAAAAAGAGUGGCCUCAAGUUUGUGUUAAUGACUUGUCUCUGUAAAUAUAUAUUUUGCCAUUUGUUUUGGCAAGGUUGUCCUCUAAAUGUUUAUUCAUUAAACAUUUUUGAUAUAUA